AUGGUUGCCUCACAACAGGGCCAACUCCAUAGCUUGUCUCCAUCUUCCCUCUACAUCUCGCUGAGGCACCUGCGAUCCCAACGUCUUGUUUGGAACAAACCACUGCACGUUACUUCAGGCAUUCUGACAAACUGUCCUGUUGUGUCACUAUUAGGUACACAGGGUUAUGUCUACUCCACAUUCCUGAAGCAGUACAACCCUCUGAGGGACUCGCAGCGGGCAGGCCAGAUGGCCAAAGAGCAGCAACAGCAGCAGCCGCCUGCCAUGGCGGAUGAGGACUUCGAUGACCUCAGCCUGUUUGUGUCAGGCAGUGGCAGCAGCAGCCUGCUCAGUUUCAGUCUUAACACCACCGACAGCAGCUCAACCCUUUCUGGACUGCAGGGGGAGCCGGAGAGCCCUGAAGACCAGGAGGACACACUGGACAAAGAGGCUCAGCAGUUCUAUGCUGUGUAUGCAUUUCAAGCCCGCUGUGACCAGGAGCUGACCUUGCAGGAGUACCAGCAUGUCCGCAUCCUCAAGUUUUGUGACCUGGGAGGUAAUAAGGAGUGGUGGUUAGCUGAGGCAAAUGGACAGAAGGGAUAUGUCCCUGCUAACUACCUUGGCAGGAUGUCCUAUGCAUAAAUAGAGCCCCUGUCUUUAUGCAUAGGAUAUCCAGAAACCAAACCAUCCAGAAGACCAAAUUAACAUCAACCUGUAGCAUUUUAAACAAACUUUAAUACAUCAUUGAAACAGAAUGUCCUGACUGUAAAUCGUGUUGCAUUUCUGCUUUGUGAAAGUGACAAUUGCACUAGGCAUCACUAGAACUUAUCAGAUGUUUCAUACCAAAAGUGUUGAUGUCAAAUCUGCUUUGCCUUUAGAAGAUCAUAAGAGAGCUCACCAAUGUGACUUGACCAAUAAUCUGUGAUAAACACGGGUAAUGGUAGGAAAAUACUGGCCACUGUACUGAGCACUUUGUACUACAGUGUUGAGUUUAUAUUGACUAUGAUUUAUUCAUGAAGUAAUUUUUAUAUGUGAACUGAUUUAUAGAUGAAGUAAAUGUUAUAUAUGAAAUGAUUUAUAGAUGAAGUAAAUGUUAUAUGUGAAAUGAUUUACAAAUGAAGUAUAUGAUAUCUGAAUGCAAAAUAAAGAAAUCUAUAAAUGUCUUUUAUAUUUUAUCAAUUAUAUGAAUAAAGA